AUGGCUGUAGUAGCUGAAGUUUUAGAUGUAAAUGUCGCCGUUGGAAAACUACAGGAACUAGGUAACCGCAUGCGAAGUGGUGAAUUUGACUUUGAAGACAGUGAUGUCAUUAAUUUGGAGCAAGUUAUUGGUGCCAUUAAUGAAUUAGAAGACGAGAGGAAACUGAUGCACGAAAAGCUGGAAACUGAGACCAUCAAAUGCAGCAUUCUCAGACAUGAUCUCAAAAUGUUGCCACAGCAGAUCAAGGCUGAAACCAUGAUGGCUGUGAGUGCUGCGAGGCAGUUAAACACAGACACACUGAAGAACUUGCAGAGUCAGCUGGACAGUAUGAAGAACAAUAUCUUGAAUCUGGAAACAGAGGCUGAUCGUUUGGAUAAGGAAAAUUUAGUAUUACAACCUGAAAGUGAACUACUGAGACAACAGCAUGAAGAAAUUAUUGAACAGCUCAACAAAAAAAUGGCAGAGAAGGCUAUGAUGCAGAUCACUCUGAAUGAGACCAGAAACCAUGUGAAACAACUCAAUCAAAAUGUUGUUGAUUUAGAAGACGGCAUGGUGCAGCUGAAAGAAGAUCUAAUACAGGAGAGAAGUGAAGCCAAACAGGAAAAGAAACAGUUACGGAAAGCAACA